AGUUAGUGAUAAAUAAAUAAUAACAAAAUGUUUAUACAUUCUGUGAAAGUUCAUCGUGUUUACAAAACUGCUGCCAAAAUUAUAAAGCAGGUCUUAGAAGAUGGCAAAGGUGUCAAACAAUUAUUAUUCGAGCAAACCCACGUCAAUAUCAAAACUUUGAAUGCUUUAGUUUUUGAGACGUUGAAACAUGCUAGAGUUUUGGAUAUAUUGAUACAAAGAACGAGUAUUUUGUUCAAUGAACCUAGGUUAGAUCCUUGGUUAGCUAGAGUGCUUAUGACAGAAUUAUUAUGGGGCAAAAAAGACAAAUUAGUCUCGGACGCUAAGCCCGUUAAAACAAUAUUAACCUACAGCAAAAAAUUUCAAGCAGUCUUAAGAGAUCUUUCAACUGGAAUGCCCGAGCAACUUAAAGAAGCAUUAUCGACUGAUAAAAAACUGCCAGAACUCUAUCAUCCAAGAUAUGUAAGGGUCAAUACUCUGACUCUGACGAUGCAAGAAGCAAUAGAUGGCUUUAGGGACGAAGGAUGGACUUUGAUUCGGCAUAACAUCGAUUGGACUUACAGAGAUUUUUUAAAAGUGGUUUUAGAACUACCAGCUGAACAUUUCAUACCGGACUUUCAUAUACCCGAACUGCUUGUGUUUCCGCCUGAUACACAAUUUCAUGAUUAUCAAUGCUAUUUACAAGGACACAUUGUUUUACAAGACAAGGCCUCAUGCAUGGCUGCACAUAUGUUAGCACCUGAACCUGGUUCAAAUGUCUUAGAUAUGUGUGCUGCUCCAGGAAUGAAAACUACCCAUUUAGCAGCGAUAGUUGGAAAUAAGGGAACAAUUUAUGCAAUUGAAAAAGAUACACGAAGGCAUGGUGUUCUGUCUGAUAUUGUUCAAGCAACCAAUUCAACUUGUGUGAAAACUAUAAAUGAAGACGCUCUUAAAAUUACUGAUGAGCAAUGUCCAGACAUUGAAUACAUUUUAGUUGACCCUAGUUGUUCAGGCACAGGUAUGUUAGGUCGCAUAGAAACCGCCGCUCCAACCAUUCAAGAUAAGAGAUUAGAAAGAUUAGCUGGUUUUCAAAUUCUAAUAUUAAGGAGAGCUUUGACUGCUUUUCCCAAAGCUAAAAGAGUUUUAUAUUCAACAUGUUCGACACAUACUCAAGAAAAUGAACAAGUUGUGAAAGAAGUUCUUGAGACAACAAAGCAGUUUCGGUUAGUAUCAGCUAAAGAGCUGCUGAAGAAAGAAUGGCUAAGCUUCGGUUCAGAUAAAUACGAGGGCAUUGGUGAAAAUUGUCUUUACUCCAAAUCAGAGGUUGAUUACACUAAUGGAUUUUUCAUAGCUGUUUUUGAAAGAAUAGCUCCUCAUGAUGAGCGUGAUGUAUAUGUCAAAGGAAAGAAAUGGAAGGAAAUAAAACAAGAACCUGAAGAUGACUAUGAAUAUGGUAACACGGAUAUGGUUAAUUAUGGCAUGAGUAAUAAUAAUAUCAGAAAUAAUAUCAAACCGGAAAAUGACCAAGGGCAAAAUGAUGAAUCAAUAGAUUAUAAUAAAUCCUAUAUUAAAACAGAACUCAAAGAAGAAAAUACUAAUGAUCAAAAGUUGAAAUCAAAAAAGAUUAAGAAAGAGAAGAGUGCUAAUAUUGAUAAAGAAAUUACUAGCAGUGAUAAUCAGAAUAUUCUGAAGAGUGAGAAGGAAAAUGCUGAUGAAUCUAAUGAAGUUAUGAGUUCAAAUUCAAAAAUAAAAAAACCUAAAAUGAAUUUAGAAGAAGCAACUACUAGUGAGAGCAUUUUAAAUGGCUUUGUAGGUGCUAAUAACGAGAAUGAGGAAAUAAAACAGGAAAAAAUAGGUGAAGUUGAUAUUACAGAAACACGAAAACAGAAGAGGAAACGAAAAAAAGAAAGCAGUCAUGAAGAAAAUUUAAUAGAUAAUAGUAUUGAUGAUACUCAUGGUCAACAUAAUGGAAAUCAUAUUGAUAGUACAAUUGAUGAUGAAGAAAAUAAUCAAUUACCUAAGAAGAAAAAGAAACAAAAUAAAAACAAACAAGUUCUUGAAGAAAUUUCACCUGAGAAUAUAGAAAAUAUUCAAAUUGACACCCCUGAUCAAAAUAUUGAUAGUACAAUUGAUGAUCAAGAAAAUAAUCAUAUACCAAAGAAGAAGAAGAAAAAAGAUAAGCACAAGUCGGUCAAAGAAGUUUCAUCCAUGAAUAGUGAAAAUAGUCAAAUUGACAAUGAAGUAGCAUACUCUGAUAUACAAUUAGAAAAGAAAAAGAAGCACAAAAAACAUACCAUCAAUUCAGAAACUAAUCUUGAUAUUACGAACAGUAGUAAUACAGAUUUGGUUAUCAAAGAUAAGAAAAGUAAAUCCAAAUGUUCUGUAGAUAAUGAAGCUAAUUCAAAACAAUUAAUUGAUAGUAGUUCAGAAUAUACUAAUAAACAUAAAAAAUCAAAACAAAAAUCAGAUAAAGAUGAUUUAUCACCAGAAACUGUAGUAUCUGAAUUAUGUACUGAUGACACAAAUAAACAAGAACAGAAGAAAAAAAAGAAAAAAGAAAAGAAAUUAAAGGAAAAGUCAGAGGUCGAUCAAGAAUCAGAAUCUUCUAAACUGAUUGAAAAUGACAUAGUCCAAGAGAAGAAACCAAAGAAAUCUAAACAUCAAGAUAAAGAAAAAAACUCCACAGUUUCUAAUUGUGAUUUGCACGAAGCUCAAUUAGAUAAUGUAUCUGUAAUUCAGAAAAAGAAUAAAAAAUCCAAGAAACAUAUAGCGGAAAGUGAUGAAAAUCCAUGUACUGAUCAAAAUCUAGCGUAUGAGGAAACCGAAGUGCCAUUGAAAAAGAAAAAGAAAAAUAAGAAGUCAAAAUCUGAAGUGUUGUGCUGAGUGAAUAGUAUUACAAAUUGAGAAUAAUCAAGUCGGAUCUGAUGAAUUUGAAUACACCACCAUAACAAACAAUACUCAGAAUGAAAUAUUAAUGAAGAUUAU